AUGUCUGGAAUUAAAAAGCAACGCAGAAGUUCUCGUGUGAGUCGUGCUUGUGAGAGAUGUAAAAAGCGAAAGAUAAAAUGUGAUACUUUAAAACCUUGUUUCAACUGCGUCGGCUCUCAAUCAAAGUGCACUUACAAGUACCAUUCCAAGGAGACCAGCUCUUCGCUCUUGAAGUUUAAAGAUAAUGUCGGCGUCGAACUGUGUAAUAUCAGAAAUCAUAUCGCAAAGCUGAAGCAACAGCAACCUUCCGAAUAUCCCAUCCAUUUGCAGAGGGUAUUGAACGAGGUUUCGUCUUCACUCGAAAGUUUACAGCCACAUCUAUAUUUCAAUCUAGACGCCGAAGAGGUCAGAUCUUAUAGAGGGACGGAGUCUCUGGAAACUCAGGUUCUGGACAGUCGAUGCGGCGUGUUGAACAGGUUUUUGAAUUCGAAAUCUUACAAGGCUAAGAACAGGCCCCCCGUUGACACUUACCAUGGUCUCUAUUCUCCGACAUUGUUCUUCACCACCAUAGGAUUAGGGUGGGUUAUCAAGAGAUUGCUUGCAUACUCGGAUGAUAAGGCAACAAGAGAAACUGUUUACAUACUAUUAAAGUACCUGGAGAGCGUCGUUAAACAAGAAGGAGAGAUCAAGAUGACCUCGGGCUCACCUUUCGAGUAUUACGCAAGGCUGAAUAAGAUAGGUAGUGGCCACGAGCAAGUCCUUGCACAUGUCAUGUCCAAGAUCUCGCCUGAAUUGAGCCAAACCGUAUCGAGUUGGGAAAAAGUCGACUUCUGCAGAGGGACUGACGGAUUUGCGCAUGCCGUUUCGGUCUUUAAACAGUUUAACAAGACAGUAAACUUUAAGGAAAUGAACGCAUCGUCGUUGAAAGCGUUUUUGGAACAGUACGAUGUGAUUGUUUGUUUAUGCUUCGAGCAGUUCGAAAGAUCUGUAUUCUCGGAAAUGUAUAAUCUAGCGAACUUGCAAGACUUGAUAUAUCUGGUGAGGCAUACGUAUUGGUCGCAGGAUCCCUUUACUGUGGGGAAACUUAUAAGUCCCAUGUGUAGAAGAAGCUUGGAUUUGGGACUGAAUCGUUGGGAGUACUACAUUGGUCAUGAUGAAUGCACUGCAGAGAACUACAGACGGUUAUGGUGGAACAGCUAUUGGUGGGAUGGUUGGUACGCUCUUGUUACUGGCAAACCACCUUCCAUCUCGGAUGAAUACAGUUCAUGUCUCUUUCCGAAGCAAGUGGUCGAACUCGGAGUCGAUGAUUCCAUGGAUUGUCUCUCAUUGGUUAACUCAGUCAAACUUGAGUCAAGCAGUAUUGAUAGUUUCGUGUUUUUUGGAUACAUUUUGUUGGGAAGAGUUAUCAAGAAGGUGUUCUCGGAAUUGUUAUAUAACAAGAGCUUUACGGACUAUAGAGUUCAUGCACACCCCACUUUGAUGAAUUUCAAAGAAAUACUAAAGGAGCUAAUGACUAAACUUGAAAAGAUACUUAUGAUUUUCUAUGACUUGGAAAAGAAAUUAUAUCCGUUUCUGUCGCUACAUUUGGAUCUCUAUAAGGCUUUUGAGCUCUAUGUCCAUGCGAAAUAUGUAGAGAUGUGCUGUUUUCAAGGAAUUGAAAGUUUGCUUAUACGAAUUCAAAGUCUUAUGCCUGGUAGUCAGAGCAAUGAAAUUUCAGAAAAGAUAAAGCAGACAAAAAAUAAAUCUUUUCAUGCAUCCACUGAUCUGCUAUUACAUAUUCUCAAAAAGAAUGAUGGAUUAGUAUUUUUCAAAUCUGUGUGGAUUACUACAGCAACUACACUAAAUAUAAUAACGUCCUUUAUCCAAAAUCCUUUUCUAAACUCAAUUUAUCAUCUUUCUCUGUUAUGUGCUAUAACAAAGGCUUAUAAUGACUUGGUUAAAGAUGUUUUUCUUUCCGUUGACUCCAUAUCUCGGGUUCACCAGAAGAAAUUUGAAAGUGGUGUCAUCGCACUCUCCAUAUUGACACGUAUCUGUCUUCAGACUUAUAUGAGGUCACAUAGCAUUUCAGAAGAAAGAUUGCUUGAAGAGUUGAAAAAGUCUGGUUUAAAUUCAGCGGAAACUGCGAAGGUUCUGUUCGAUAUGAAUUCAUCUUGUUUCAGAUUUUUAUUAGCACGUCUCAACAAAACAGGGUAUGUAAAGGGAAUCCUAGAGGAAGUUGAUAAAGAUUUAACGGACCUUGUCGAUCAUGAUUCCAAGACGUUUCAGGGUACUAAUGAAUCUACAGUUGCUCCUAGGGAUGCUGCGUCUUCUGAAAAUGAACUUUAUAAAAUGACAGAUUGUGGAACCCUUGAGAGUUUUGUUAAUUCACAUGUUUUGCCGGAGUUUUGGGAUUUAAUUUGGGACGAUAUCGAUGCAUGA